AUGUCCGACUGCGCGGCUUUGGCAAUGGCGACGGCGUCGUGGAUGAGCUGCUUCUCGGCAGCUAUGACCAGGGUACUGGGGGACCGGCGGCAUGACCGCGUUGACUUCGAGGGAACGGUGCUGCUGGCUCGUUUUGUCCUCGGGCUCGUUGGUGAAGAUGAUGUAGGUGGCAUCCUCAGGCAGCGGCACUGCCGCUCGGCCGGCACUGCCGGUUGGACCGGCCCGGCACUGCCGCCACCCAUCGUCUGGCACCACGCGCGCCCGAGCGCAUCUCCCAGGCUACCACCACCAGCGCUCCCGCCUCUGGUUACCCUCCGCGCAUCCCACGCCCACGCCUCCCGCGACGCAGCUCGCCGGCCACUCAUUUCCCCGCGCGACUUCCCCACCAGCAGCCCGCCCGCACGCCACCUACAGCCACCUCACGCCCGCCCCUGGCGCUCGAUUCCUGGCCACCACGCGCGCCCGGCCUCAACGCUCCCGCAGUCCAAGCCGCCUACCACCAGCUCGCCUCCAUCCAUCACCGGCGCGCAGCACCAGCAGGUCCCGCCCAGGAAUGCCUCCGCGUUUCCAACCACCACAAGUGCCCACGCAUCAGCGCCUCGCUCAGCUCAAGCAAACAGCAGCUCCACACGCGCAAGCCUCCACAUAACUGCCCCUGCCGUGCAAGUUUCAGAGCCAAGCAGCACUGCCGGCACAAGCAUAACGGCACUGCCGCCGAGCGCAGUCCGGCACUGCCGCUCCACCCAGCCCGGCACUGCCGGCUUGUGCGUUGUGCUGUUCAAAUUUCGCCCAGUUUUGGCUCACAUUUUUGCUCCAAAUUUUGACAACUUUCCGGUGCCCGUUUGA